AUGGAAGGGCAUUGUCGUAAUACGCUGGGGGACGUGCUGAGUUGCCGUGUGGCGACCCACUUCAGUUCGUUUCGGGCCAAAACUUUUUUGUACGAUGCGCCCGCGUUGGAGGCGUUGGAACGAGCGCUGUUGGUGGAGAUGCGGGAGUUGGCCAAGCGAUUCUUGCAGUUGCAAACGUCCGUGGAGGGUCUCACGGGCGACAAGGCCAAGUUGCAGCAGCAGGUCCAGACCAUGUCCAUGGAGAAGGACGACCGCGAGCGGCAUUGGCAGUCGCAUGUGGCAGACACACAGCGCCAAUUGCACCAAAGUCAAAUUCGGAUGCAAAUGCAAGUGCAAUUGUGGGAACGAGAAAAAGGCAUGUUGAAAAGUCAGUGGGAAAUCGACGUGGCCGAGCAGCGGCAAGCGGCACUAGAUCGCAUAUUUCAUGACGCGGCCAUGCGAGAGGAAAGACAUGUGCGGCGCUUGGAAGAGGACAAGAACAUUGAAAUCGAACACAUGCGAAGACACUUGGCCUUCGAAAAGGACACUGAGCUCAGCAUGUUAGCCAACCAACUGUCCCGGCGAGCCCACCAAGACAUGGAGGUCAAGGUAGCUGCGAUUCUAGCCGAAGUUCAAGAAGAUCAAAGGCGAAAACAAGCUCGAAUUCAGCACCUCGAGAACCAACUGCGGGGACACGGCGCCGUGCACAAUGCACCCCCACACUGCCGUCAUUAUCACCCCACAAGAUCCAGCUCAACCUUGGCAUAGACGAAGGAACUCCUUCCCAUAAGUUAAACCGAAUGUAUUGUGAAUUCGCUACUCGGA